AUUACCAUAUUUCCUUAAAGCUGACUUUUUCUUCUUUAAGACUUUAACCUUAUCGCCAAAAUACAUAAACAUCGUCGUCAACAGUAGCAAAAUGGCAAGGUCUGGGGUUGAUGAGACAUCAGAAUCUGGAGCUUUUAUGUCUUUCUUACUUAAAGAUCAAAGACUUGAUGAAGCAAUCAGCUUCUCGUCGGUUCAUGCAAUUUGGGGAAGAACCAAGGAAACUGAUGAUCAUAGAGGAUGGGUUUUCCCAGAUUCGGAUACCGAGCUCCCUGGAGCUGAGCCUGACUAUCUUAAUGGUGCCAAGAGUGUGAGAGAACUCUACGAGAUUGCUAGCCCCAACUAUGAGGGGAAGUACACUGUUCCUAUUCUGUGGGAUAAGAAGCUUAAGACUGUAGUUAACAAUGAGAGUUCGGAGAUAAUCCGGAUGUUCAACACUGAGUUCAAUGGUAUUGCGAAAAACCCGUCACUCGACCUUUAUCCUUCUCAUCUCAGAGACACGAUCGACGAGACUAACGAAUGGGUUUUCAACGGGAUAAACAAUGGUGUUUAUAAAUGUGGAUUUGCUAGGAAACAAGAACCCUACAAUGAGGCGGGAAUCCCUGAUGGUGUGCUCAACGUGGUGACUGGUUUUGGAUCAACAGCUGGAGCUGCCAUUGCCUCCCAUAUGGAGGUAGACAAAGUAAUAUCUAAUGUCUUACGAGUCAACAAUGUUGGGAGGAAGAUAGUGCAAGCUGCUGCCACAAGUAAUCUCAAGAAAGUUAUACUUGAAUUAGGUGGGAAAUCGCCUCUUCUCAUAUUCAACGACGCUGAUGUUGACAAAGCUGCUGAUCUUGCGCUUCUCGGUUGCUUCUACAACAAGGGUGAUAUUUGUGUGGCGAGCUCUCGUGUGUUUGUUCAAGAAGGUAUAUACGAUAAGGAGGAUAUGAAGAUAUACAAAGAUGAAAUUUUUGGACCAGUCAUGUCAUUGAUGAAAUUCAAGACGGUAGAGGAAGGAAUCAAAUGUGCAAAUAACACGAAAUACGGUCUUGCAGCAGGAAUAGUGAGCCAAGACAUAGACUUGAUCAACACGGUUUCAAGAUCAAUCAAAGCUGGAAUCAUUUGGGUUAAUUGUUACUUUGGGUUUGAUCUUGAUUGUCCUUACGGUGGCUACAAGAUGGGUGGCAAUUGUCGUGAAAGUGGCAUGGACGCUCUUGACCUCUAUCUAGAAACCAAUUCCGUCGUUAUGCCUCUUCACAAUUCCCCUUGGAUAUAUCUUGUGUCAUCUUCUUCUCCAAUCUCGCCUUCUGUAUCAUCAACCUCACCUCUGCUUUCACACGAUCCAUCGCGGCAGGCUCUAUUUCUUCUUCAAGCUUCUUCGUGUUUAAUGUUUAUCACCGGAACCGCCGUAGAUUUCCCCUUUUUGUUCGAACCGGCGUCGAAUUUCUUCACCGUUUGAACCGCGAUUCCGGUUCUAAGCGCUGCGUUAACCGCUUUCGGAUCUCGUAAGUCUUGACUCUUUUGUUUUAAUUUGUGGAGAACCACUGGUUCCCAGUCUUGUGUUACUGCUCCUGGGUAUCUGCUCGGCAUCUUUGUCGCUGAUUGAAAAUAAUAAUAUUUGAGUUUU